AUGUCGAGCGUUGUUAUGAGCGCGACGACGACGAGCGCGUCGUCGUGUCGUUGCAUCAACCCUCGCCACCAAAAGGCGUUUCAUUGUUUACACGUGACAACCUCCAAACGCUCGUCCAAUUGGAACCGACGGAAAACGGACUUAGUUUCCGCGUCGACGAUCGAGACGACGACGACGAAAGAGGAAGACCCCAAACAAACGAAAGCGCGAAAAAAACCAAACAGGGAAGAGUCCGUGCUCGUCCAACGCCGAUUGGCUCGAAAAAUGGCCGAAGCGCAAGCCGGGUGGAUCGUUUUAAGCGAGAAGGAAAAGAAGAAAGGAAAAACAGUUACGACGACCUCGAGAGACACGAGGAAAGAGGAAAAGGAGGAGGAUUUUGACGACGAGGACGAGAGCGCGCUCUUCAACCUCUCCUUAGUGAACGCCACCGUUUUCGAAGAAGCGUAUUCGAGAGGCAAAUGGUUACUCUUUUUGCUCGUUUUACAAUCGUGCUCGAGUUUUGUUUUAUCGAGCAACGAAGCUUUAAUCCAGGACAACGUCAUCAUCACGUUGUAUCUGACGAUGUUAGUCGGCGCGGGCGGGAACGCCGGGAAUCAAAGCGCGAUUGAAGUCAUCACCGGAUUAGCGACCGGUGCGAUAGAAUAUAACGCGGAGAGUUUUGGGAAGACGGUAUCGAAACAGUUACGAGUUGGCGCUUUGCUCGGGUUCUUUUUAGGCGUGGGAAGUUUCGCGAGAGUGUACGUGACGAAUAGGGAUGUAAUCGGGAGUUUCGCGAUUUCUACGGCGUGUUUUUCGAUUGUUGUCUGUUCGACGAUAGUCGGUGGAGCUUUGCCUUACGUGUUGAUAUUUUGUGGACAGGAACCAGCGAAUGCGGGGAGCAGCGUCCAGGUCUGCAUGGAUGUCCUUGGAGUGACCAUAACGUGUUUAGUGUGCACGUACAUUUUCCAGAACGCGGAUUUUGUUGUCGGCGUGCUGCAUUCAACGACGGCGUCGUAA